AUGACUUUGAGCUCUGAGAUGUCCGAUGCGUCCAUCCUUUCAGAAGAGACCGACAUAGAUGUGGUGGGAGACGGGGCGGAAGGAGAGGAGGACGAGGCCCAGGGGGGCAGCUCUUUUGGGGAAGUGGUGAGCCAAAUGCGCUCUGAGAUCCUAACGCCUCGAUCACCUUCCUGUGUGGAUAGCUCAUCGAACCGGGACCCUUACAAACCAGUCAGCAAAAACCCUCUGGUGAAACCUCCUUACUCAUACAUAGCCUUAAUCACAAUGGCAAUCCUCCAAAGUCCAAAAAAAAGACUGACUCUCAGUGAGAUCUGUGAAUUUAUCAGCAAUAGGUUCCCCUAUUACAGAGAGAAGUUCCCCGCCUGGCAAAACUCCAUCAGGCACAAUUUGUCCUUAAACGACUGUUUCGUAAAAAUUCCCAGGGAGCCCGGUAAUCCGGGCAAAGGCAACUACUGGACUCUGGAUCCCGAAUCUGCAGAUAUGUUUGACAAUGGCAGCUUUUUACGGAGGCGAAAACGGUUCAAAAGACAGCAAUCGGCGGAUCUGCUCCGGGAGCACGGUAAUUAUAUUCCUGCUUAUGGUUACGGACCUUACGGCUGUGGAUACGGGCUUCAGAUCCAAGCUUACCACCCUCAUUCUGCCGUUUUUGCCUUUCAGCAUCCUUCAAGGCAGGCCCAUUCCAUUCCCCCGCCGUCCAUGCUUCCCGCGAACGAACUCGCCAGGAAUUCUUUCUACCCGCAGCUUAGCCCUACUCUCCCCUCAGUGCAAUCUGUCAAACACAACUCGGCCAUAUCACGGUCCCCUUUCUCCAUAGAAAAUAUAAUCGGGGCCAACGCCAGUCCAGCCAGCUGCUCGUCCCAGUCUCCAGCCGUUCCUCUAUUAUCAUCAAUACCUUCCUCUUCAUCGACUCUGCCAAGUCUGCACCAAGAGACUGUGAUACACAAUGCAGGGAACUUUAAUGGUAGGAUUCCAAAUGUUAACGGCUGUUAA